CAUGUUGGCUGUCUGCUGUGAUGGAAACCGCAAGCAUUACCGCUUUUCCAAGUCAAAAGGGACUGAGGAGCCGCCAAUCUAUGAGGGCUUGUUCCUGGCCAAGGAUGAGGAAGUCGCAACAUUUGUUGACCUUGUCAGAGGCAACAUGAAAAGUGGAAAUGACAGUGCCGUCUGUGGUACUGCCAAAUUCACCGCUGGCAGAGAGAUGUCAAAAAAGUCUGGUGCCCAGAUAGACGAGGAGGGCAUUCAAGUGGCAGUUUGCAGACAUGGGUUUCUCUUACGAGGACUGAACCACUUCCGUGGAGAAAUAUACGCGUACCCAAUGUUUCUCCAAAAAGAGAUGUCCAAGAAGGCAAAUGUUGACUUCUUCUGUAUGGAUGUAACAUGCAGGUACUGGCCAUACCUUAAUAAAAUAGCUGAGGGAUUACCAGAGCUUCUGCCGUUGACAGAAAUGAGGCCAUUUCUUAGCGUGAUGCAUGCUAAAGCCCAUACAGCAAAAUGCGAGGUGAGAUGGGGUGGCAGAAGUCAGGACGGGGCAGGAAACACAGUGGGAGAGGAAGUAGAGCAGGUGAACAGCUUUCUCUCCAGGGCAGCUCUGGUCACAAAAUACAUGACAAAAUCAGGAAGAGUGAACAUGCUUACUCAACAGGCCAUGGGAUGGAACAGAAGGAAGAGGGACAACCUUCAUCAAGUUUUAGCACACAGAUAUGUCAAAAUCACAGAGAGGGCAAAGGUGGAAGCUGCCAGCUUCAGCGACUUCAAAAAGGAGCACAACCUUGAUCAGGAGACCAUACAGCAGUGGGUGUAUGAUGUCAGGCAAUGGGCGGUCACAGAGAGAGUUUACGCCCCAGGGUGUACUGAAGGACUAAGGGUGGAUAUUGAGAACAUCACCGUCACUCUUUUGCGCAGGAAGCAAGAUCUGUAUCGUCAGCAUGACAGCAACCAGGCAAGGCAAAGAAAGAGGAAGAGAAUGAGAGAGCUGAAAAAGAAGCUUCGCGAAAAAGUUGUGCAAUACAACACCGGAGUGCAGGAAGAACAGAUUGACGAGGAGUUGGCUUGCAGUCUGACAGAGGGCUACACCCUACCAUGGGAGAGGCAUGCAAAUGGCAACACCUUCAGGUUGAAGAGGUCUGUCUUUGAGCAGGUAAUGCUGGUCAGACGUUUGGAGGAGGAGCAGAGCAUCCUGGUGAAAGAGAUGUCGCAGCACAUCAUGUUCCUUCUGAAGGAAGUGCAAGAAGUGGAAGCACUGAGAGGACAGACUUUGGAGGGCAUCAAAACCAGCAAUUUCGGUGACCUGACAGAGGAUGCUGCACAUGGGCUCAAGAGUGUCCUCAGUCGGAGGUGGCACUUCCUCAAAAGCCAACACAAACAGGCUGUACAUGCGUACAGCGGUGUAGCCGCUUUGGAAUGCCAUGAUCUUCAAUUACAGCAGGACAUUGAGGAGUCGGAUGACAAUGACUACACUUGCCCUGAGUCUGAGGAAGAAGACCUGUAAAGGUUUCUGCCAAGCAACACAGAGGCACUGGAGAGCUCUUUCACAAGGGAAGUGUCACGUCCACACGCUGGCGCACGCCAUAAUAAAGGCCUACAAAAUAAAGACAUUUUAAAACACUAUAUAUGAGAACAAUAUGAAACUAUGCACUUGUUUCGCCCGACUGAGUUCAUAAUAAUGUGAAAAUGUGUUUAUAUUUUGUACUUCCGUUUAUUUAAAGCGCUUUGACUUGCUGAUGUGUAUGAAAAUAAAUUGCCUUGCCUUUAUAUUAAACUGCCUCUUAUUACUCAAACAAGUGCUAUACAA